UUGUUUAGUAGUUAUCCCAUCAUGCAACUUGACUACCAUCCAACUAGCAACACGUUAUCAAAGUUAUUGAAACACUGAGAACUUUGUUUUAAGGGUUUACGGCAUCACCUCAUAGCCCCAAGCUGCAGAUAUGAGUCUACCCCCAAAAUCUGGUCGGUUAAGGACUGGCAGUUUCAGACCAAUAGGAUCUUCCGCCGGAAGACAACCAGGUACUGCUACGCGACUGACUACAGCAAUGAACCCAAGUGCAUCUCGAAGUGGUGGUCGUGUUGGGAACCAUUUAAUCUCUGGAGGAGCUCUCAAUGCUCAACUGACAGUUGUUGACCGACCAACCACUCAGCAAGGAUUAGGGACCAUGAAAACUGGCUUUAGAGGUCCACAGAGACAGGUGCAGGAUCGAACCUAUUAUCUUGGGUUAAUAAGGGCAAAGAAUAAUGAGUUGUCUGCUGAGAUUUCUAAGCUAAAAAAAGAAGUCGAGGUCAUCAAUGAAGAGAAUUCCAGUUAUCUGUCCUAUGAGAAAAGAGCUGAAACUCUGGCUGCAGAAAUAAGAGAUUUACAAGGAGAACUUGGAGAUUACAACACUUUGGUUGACAAACUAACAACAGAUGAAGACAUACAAGAUGUGAAUUAUGAUUAUAACGAUCUGAGAGUACAAAAUGAAAAAGAAGUCAAAGAUAUUGAACGUCUGUUUGAAGCCACAAAAGAGAAAGAAAAGCAAAUUUCUAAACUCGAGAAGGAACUUUCUGAUGAAAAAGAACUUGCAGAGAGUUUGAUUAAUGAUAUGGAACCAGAAUUAAAGAAGAAAUAUUCCAAAAUGAAAGAUAUUAAUGAGAACUUUGUUGAAGCUAUGGAAAAAAACCAACAAGCCAUUGAUGAACUAAAUUCAAAGGUCCAAAUUUUACAGGAGGAUUUAAUGAAGUCUCCAGCAAGACAAAAAGCUGUGCAAUUGUACAAACGGAAAGAUGAACUAGAGAUGCAGAAAGAGAGUCUGACAGAGGAACUGAAUUCUAAAGAGAGUCCCGAGGCAGAGCGUAACCGGCUUCUGAAACAACUUAAGUCAGACAACCAAGAAAUUGCCACUUUUGAACGCCAACUGAAUUCUCUACACAAUGACUGCGAACGACAACAAGAUGACUUGCAGCAACUGGAAGCUGACAUUCAAGAAAGCCAGAGCGAAGGCUUCCUGAAAUAUCAAAAGCUCAAGAAAAAAGAAGCUGUUAUUGAUGAAUUUAUACAAAAUUUUGAACAGAAUAAACAACAUGAAGAGUUAGCAAUUAACAGGGCCCAGGUGAACAUUGUUAAUUUAUUGGAAAAGAUCAGUCAGAAUAUCAACCGAUCUUCCUUCAAUUUACCUUCCGGGGAUCAAUUAGAAGGCAUGAAAGAAAACCUGAACUACAAGGAGGGGGAGUUGAAAAACUCUGAGAGCACCGUGACCAACAUAUCAACUGAAAAUCAGAAACUUCAAGAAGAUCUUCAGAAAGUAGAACUACUUGAGAGUAAAACUCAUCGAGAGAUUUCUAUUUUGAAAGAGAAAAUUGCUAAAAUGGCUGAUGAACUUAUGACAUAUCGAGAUAUGAAGGGUUUGAAAGACAAAUCUGAAUGUAGAAAACAAAAAUUACUCCAAGACAAAGCUGUGCUAAAGAUGAGGACCAACCAACUCCGACAACUGGUAGAAGGACUCAAGGCAGGAUAUAAUCAGCAGACAGCUGAAAUGGCUGAUAAUGAAACUUAUACACAGCUUGGGAAUCUUGAAAAGAAAUGGCAACAGCUUGAACAGAACAACCACACCUUGAAAGAAUAUAUUGGCAGCAAGACAGCAGAGUGUGACUAUGAACCCAUCAAGACACAGGUGUUCUUCCAUGUGGAUAAAUACAACGGUCAACUACAACAGAUGCUGUCAAACACUGGCUUGUGAAAUAAAAUUUAUUAUCGUUGA